UGGUGUUUGCCAUUUCUCCAACAUCUCCCUCCUGCAUGUCUUCUCCCUUCUGUGGAAAACUACCAAUAAUUCAAGUGGGACCUGGACUGAGUACACAAAGACAACCUGCAGGAGAAGGCUGGAGCCAUUUAUCCUUUAAGGACUGACAACACAGAAAGGGUGUAAAACGACUGCCUGCUGUCCCAUGGCUCUGCAGGAGCUGGGCAUCAGCCUAUCUAUGAUAGGUGUCGCUGGGACCUUCCUGAUCUGCGCUCUGCCCAUGUGGAAGGUGACAGCAUUCAUUGGCAACCAUCUGGUGGUCAUGCAGGUGUUCUGGGAGGGGCUGUGGAUGACCUGUGUCAGUGAGUACACAGGUCAGAUGCAGUGUAAACUUUUUGAUGCCCUGCUGGACCUGUCACCAGACCUCCAGGCAGCCCGGGGCCUCAUCUGCAUUAGCAUGGUGCUGGGUUGCCUAGGAUUCCUCAUCUUCCUCCUAGGAGCACACUGCACCAACUGCUUGAGCCACCCGAGGAUAAAAGCUCAGGUGGUGCUGAGCUCUGGAGCCAUCUUCUGCCUGGCAUCCUUCACCACCAUAGUUGCUGUCUCCUGGACAGCCAACUCCAUCAUCCAUGACUUCCACAACCCCCAUGUCCCUGAGGUACUGAAGAGAGAGCUUGGAGCAGCCAUAUAUAUAGGCUUUGUGACCUCUGGGCUGCUGUUCUGUGGGGGAGCCAUUCUGUGCACAAGCUGCCCACCACAGAGGUCCAGGUUCCCCUCCAGUGGGUACUCACAAGCCAGGAUACCCACACACAGCAGCUACGCCAUCAAGAACUAUGUGUGAAAUGAGGAGAAGGAGCUGAACACACCAAUACAUCACAAACAACUCACCACUUCACCAUAUAUGUAAUGAACCGUGCUGGCUAUAUAGAGCCAAAGAAAAGUAUGUGAACACAUUGGAAAGAUCUGGGUUUCUGCAGUAACUGGUCCUAAAAUGUAAUCUGAUCUUGA